GCUGCUGCUGCUGUUGCUGUUGCUGGUGAUGUUGCUGUUGCUGCGUUGUUGCUUUUGGUGCUGAUGCGGCUGAAAGUGGUUAAUGAAAGAAGCACACACAAGAACACACACUCCUUCAUACACCCAGAUACAUGUAUACUCAAAUAUAUACAUAUAUACAUUUUUUUAUAUGGUAUAUGGCAGCAACAACCUUGAAAUGUAUCGCAGAGUCCAACGAACGAAUAUAAAAAAGGUUCUUUGGUUCUUUGGCUCUUUGGAUCUUAAUUUUUUUUGGUUUUUUUCUGCCACCAGAAUUCCUCAAGACCAAGAACAGUAAGUAACUGCUAAACGGGUAAGUAACCGCCAAUCCGGAUGAAUCUCUGGGGGAAUCGGCAGCUCCAGAAAGCAAAAGUGCUGCAUCGGAAGGUUUAUUUUUAAAACGGCAACAAAAAUGUUUCGAGUUCCCAGCCGGAAGUGCAGGAAGUGUUUUUUGGGCAGAGAAAGUUCCGACUGUUUUGAAUUAUAAAAGGGAUUACAGCCGGAAUCCAGAAUCAUUCCCAGCUUACCAGUUGCUUUGAAAAGCAUUCCUUCCCAACCUCAUACAAGAAAAAUGAAAGUAAUCAUGGUUAUGGCUUUCCUGGCUUCUUUGAGUCUCGCCCUGGCCAGGCCACAAGUGGGACAUGGCUCAGUCAAUGGACCCAGUGGCCGCUUCCCCAUGACCAAGAACUGGGCACUGCCACCUGUUGAUCUCCGAAAGCCAAUUAUUUUCCUGCCAGAAGCCACACCAAUUCAUGAAGUUCAGGAGUCACGAGCCGUUCAUACAAAACACCAAAAGACUGAUUAGUUUAUUCUUUAAAAUUGUUAAAUUAUUUUUGAAUAAUGUAUUAAUAUUAAAUAGUUAAUUUUUUAUACACGGAAAUAACUAUUCAACUUUUAUUUGUUGUUUAUGUUAUGUGUCUGGCACUAAACAUUGUGCGAAAAUGUUUGUUAAAAAGAUGAUACACCAGAGUUGGAUAUAUUUGUUAAAAUAUACACACGUAUAAAUGAAAAGUUUCUAUA